AUGUCCUCUAGGCGCUCCGCCCUACUUCGUUUUACGGACGCAUUACGCCAUCCGAGGCAGAUACUUUUGCGAAGAUCCAACGGGUGUAGUGUAUGUGAGUUUACCGGCGAUGAGAAUGCAAACAUUACGAGCAAGCAUAGCCUCGAGACAUGGACCGAGGCAGCAAAGAAUUGUUGCUUUUGCGAGCUAGUUGUUGCGGUACUCAAUGAAGUGAGAAGAAGACAUGGUAUCGAUAUUUCAGGUGGUGGCCAGAGCCAGAUUUAUCUUUGUGGGGGAAACCCAAACAACGUCGGUGGGAGGUAUUACCUAGUCAGAGACUACUUUCACCAUUCGACAGCUCAUGAAGACCUGUCAACCCAAAUACUGUUUUAUAAUCAUUUUGGUUCCGAAUCGCCGUGGGAGGGUCUUCCUUACGAUGAGGACAUAUCGAAAACGGCUGGGUCGAAGGAAUGCCUUGUCCUGUUGAAAUACUGGAUGGAGAUGUGUGAAGCCUCUCACGAAAGCUGUUCAUCUGAGAAGGCAGCUCUUCUUCCUACUCGAGUGCUCGAUGUCAGUUCUUCACAGCCAAGACUGAUCAUUGCUGAAACCCUAUCGCGGAGAACUGGCAGAUUUAUCGCCUUGAGCCACUGCUGGGGCACUUCUCAGCCACUGAGAACACUGAAAGACAACAUUGGGUUGCAUCAUGAGGGUAUUGAUCUUGGCACGCUCCCGCAAACUUUCCAAGACGCCGUUGCGGUAACGCGGCAUCUAGGGAUACAGUACAUAUGGAUCGACUCUCUCUGCAUUGUUCAAGAUGAUGCUCUUGAUUGGGAACGUGAAGCAGCCAGAAUGGGCGAUAUUUACGGAUCAGCACAUCUCGUUUUGGGCGCGUCCUCAGCAGCAGGCGGUGCCGAGGGGUUUCUGGGUCGCCGAGCCCACCACUGGGAAAGCAAAGUGACGGUUCCCUCGCCAGACGGAUCCCGAGGCAAAUGCGAGAUCCACUGUCGGCCACUUCUUGACCAUCCAAUGCCGAAUGCAAGAGCUCCCAGCAGCCGGGGACCUCUAGAGACCCGAGGCUGGACAUUCCAAGAGAGGGUCCUGGCAAAGCGUUUCGUGUCGUUUGGUAAGUACGAGCUCAGCUGGGGCUGCAACUCACUCUGGGAUUGUGAGUGCGGCUGGGUUCGUACCAGGCGGGGAACCCCUGGCGAGGACUUUGAACUGAUGCUCAAGAAUUCCAUAAGCCUCUACCCCAAGAUCAACGAAAUGCCUGAGGCGGAUCUGUAUCACGAAUGGCGGUUUGCCGUUGCAUCACCCUACUCCUUUCGCAACCUUACCUUUUCCAAAGAUAAGCUAGUUGCCCUGUCAGCUAUCAGUCGUAUCUUCUACGAAAAGCUCAACGACAAUUUCCUCGCAGGGCUUUGGGAGAAGCAACUUCCUCGGGACCUGUCCUGGUAUUGUCACCGAGAGUGGGAAGAGCUUGACUUGAACAAGGACUUUUCCGUGCCGUCGUGGAGCUGGGCUUCGGUCAAAGGAGGCGUAUCCUGGAGCAUGGCCACGAAAGGUUUUCGAUUCGAAAAGACUUGCCGCGUCAUCGAAGCAAGCUGCACGCCGACCUCGGCUAUUAACCCAUUUGGCUCCGUCGCCGGCGGCCAUGUGACUCUCCAUGGUAAGUUUACGCCAGCUACAGCAGAGUAUCAUGGCUACGGAUCGAAACUGUGGAAAGACCAAACUAGGCAUUACCUCCUGGAUAAAUGGCCGACAAGUAACUUCUACUCUGAUGUCUUCUUGGGAACGGCUGCGGUCAAGAUGAACGGCGAGUUCAUCAACACUGCUGUGCGUUUACUAUCUGCAAAUCGUAAUGACAAUCGAGAGGAAACAAAGUACCCUGUGUGGUGUUUCAUGCUGGGAACAUAUAGAUCCGGGCAGACACAAAAUGCCGCUGUUAUCAUUCUCGGACAAUCCGUGUCUCAACCAGGAAAGUUUGAGAGGGUUGGAUUUGCGGAACUGGAAUUUGGAUACAAGCCGGCUGAAGAAUUCUUUCAAGGUUGGACUGACGAGACUGUAACUAUCGUGUAA